AUGGCGCAAUUUGCAAUGGGCAGCUUUGCCCGCUGGUCGAACAGCGUCCGCCAUACGCUGGCAUCCCAAUCUCGCGGAUAUGCGUCCAAGUCAGCUAUUCCUACGUUCCCUGAAACCUCGUCUCCCGAACUCGACCAGCUUCUCUACCGAUUCCGUCAAGAUCGUUUCAUCCCGUCAGGGCUUCCAAACCAACAACGCCGUAAUAUGUUCAAGGAGAAACACAAACAGCGGCUGGAGGACGAGCCAAUCUCUGUUGCGAUCAGCGAGAAUGAGGAGUACACAUUGCGGCCCAUGGCUGUAGGCGAGCUACCGACGAAGAAGGACGCCUACGAGGUUCUGCGGCUCAUUGCUGCCAACAACGAAUGGAAGACACUUCUGCCUUUCCUGAGCGGCCUUUACAUGUCAGAUUUCAGACUGAACGCCAACCGCUUUGCUCAGCUUGUACGAAAGGCCAGCGAUGCAGGCAAGCUCCCUGUCAUCAUGGAAUGCAUCCGUCAAGGACACCGCACUGGGUUCCACCUUCGUGACCUGACUGUUGUUGAACGUCUUUUCUACGAUAUCCACGUCAUUGCGCAGCGCGCAGACUUCCAGGGCCCGGCUCUCACCAAGAUGCUUAACUUAGCCAAGCAAGCGAUUGAUCUGAUCGACCAGGACAUUACCACGCAAACAUCAUCUUCCAAGAUAGAGAACCCCAAGUUCCAACCGUCCGUGAUCGGAACACUUCUCGAGCUCACUGCUGCUCGCGCCAUCAAUGAGUUUGGCGGCAAAGAUCAGGCGAACGAGGUGCUAGGGUACGCGCGCAAGUUGAUUGCCGCUCGGCCUCUGUACCGAGAGCAAAAGGUACUGGCGGCCGAGACUGGCUCUGCUGCAGAGAGGGCGCAGCAAAUUCUGCCCGUCUACAAUGGAUUACGGCUCUGUCUCUCGAUCCACGGCCUGGCCUUGGACAAAACGCUCCAUGGUCUUGUGACAGAGCUAUUGGCGGAGACAAAAGCCGAGCUCGAGGACCUUGUCGAUAAAGUGAACAAGCCCCAGGUUCAAGAUCUCGUGCGCUCGGUUCUUCAGGCUUAG